UAAAGUCCUUCACAAGUAAUAAAAAACCCACGAAACAUUUUGCAUCUAUCAGUUCAUUCAACAAUUUUCAUCUCCAAACACGUUUCUAAGGGGUAAGACCAUGCCGGAAUACUACCAAACUCGAGCCUUGGUUAAAAAAACCAAGGAUGCCAAAUUUGGCGAAGGAACUAUCAAACGAGGUGUGACUGGACCCGAUCAAAUCGAGGUGGAUAUCAAGUUUUGUGGCAUUUGCCACACCGACGUUCACUUGGCAAACGAUGAAAUUUCAAUGCUUUUACCCGCCGUUUAUCCCAUCGUUCCAGGCCACGAAAUGGCCGGCAUCGUCACCAAGGUUGGUGAGAAUGUGAAGAAUUUUAAAGUCGGUGAUCGCGUGGGCAUGGGAUGUAUUGUGGAGGCGUGCUUGAAGUGUUCCCAAUGUAAGUUUGGGGAUGAGCAAUUGUGCCAAACCGGUUAUACCCAUACAUACAGCGCCCCCAUCCAAUAUGGACAACUGGCCACUGACACUGGCGUCACUUUUGGAGGUUACUCUGAGAAGAUAAGUAUCCAUGAGCAUUUUGCCGUCAAGAUCCCGGAUUCCUAUCCAAUGGAGGCUGCUGGUCCCAUCUUUUGCUCCGGGAUCACCAUGUUUAGCCCCUUAAAGCGGUGUGGAGCCACCGCCGGAGGCCAAAGGGUAGGCAUCAUUGGCAUUGGUGGGUUGGGGCAGAUGGGCAUCCGAUUGGCCAAGGCCAUGAAUUGUGAGGUCACGGCCAUCUCGACCUCGCCUAACAAGGAGGCAAAGGCCAGGGAGAUUGGUGCCGAUCACUUUGUGGUGUCCACGGACCCGGAUGCCAUGAAAAAAGCAGCCAAGAGUUUGGACAUCAUUUUGGACACGGCUGCGGUGGACCAUCAAGCCAUUGACUACUUUCCUCUUCUGGAUGCUAAUGGUCAACUAGUUUUGAUUGGGGUGACCAUAGAGCCACAUUCGAUACCCGCAGGUGCCCUGAUGUUCAAUCGCCAAUCCCUUUCCGGCUCUUUAAUUGGAAGUAUGCUAGAGACGCAGGAAGUGAUUGACUUUUGCGCCAAGCACCAGAUUAUCCCAGACACCAAAUUAGUCACGGGUGACCAAGUGGAAGAUGUUUACCAGGCUUUACGGUCCAAGAACGACAGCAUCAUUCGAUACGUGUUGGAUAUUGAGAAAACAUUCAAAUGAUUAUUCCACCGUCGAAACGCGAGAUUUUUGGAAAUUUUGGAAAAGUUUUGGAAAAAUAAAACAGCUCUCUCAAAAGGAGUCAAAACUUUC